AUGUGUCUGAGGCGGCAGUGUCUGGAGGAGUUCGGCGAGCAGUCCGCGCAGCUUUUGCGCGUCUGCGCGCCUACCGGCACGGCAGCCUUUAACAUCAUGGGCGAGACGCUACAUCGGUGUCUGUCCCUGCCGGUGCCGCUGACGAAUGACCUGCCGGAGCUGACCGGCGAGCAACUGCAGUCCCUUCAGACACGGCUGGAGGGACUCCGGCUCCUCAUCAUCGACGAAAUGUCGAUGGUGGGGAGAAAACUUCUGCGCGCUGUAGACCUGCGCCUCCGCCAGGCCUUUCCACGACACUCUGCCAAGCCCUUCGGCGCGGUGAGCGUAUGUCUCAUGGGAGACUUUGGACAGCUUCCUCCCGUGAUGGAUCGGCCUAUGUACGACUCGACGUCAGGCGGCGGGCGGCUCAGUGAAGACGGCCGCGCCAGCUUCCGAGCCUUCAAAAAGGCCGUCGUCCUGAGACGGGUGGAGCGUGUGCGUGGCAGCGAACCAGCACAGGAGCAGUUCCGACGACUACUCUCCCACGUCAGAGACGGAAACAUCACCAUUGAUGAUUACAGGCUCCUCUCAACCCGUCUGGAGGCCCAUCUUUCCGACGAAGAGAGACGCAAGUUCGCUGACGCACCACGGCUCGUCGCUAGCCACGAGGUGGAGCAGGAUAUCAAUCGCCGUCAGCUGCGGAACAUCGGCCGGCCCUGCUUCAACCUGAAGGCCGUCCACCAGCCCGCCACAGCCAGGAAGAAGUCAGCGCAAGACGCCGGGGGUCUGGAGCCGGUAGUCCAACUGACCGAAGGGGCCAAGGUGAUGUUAAAAUCAAAUAUGUGGGUGAGCGCCGGUCUCACGAACGGCACUCUGGGGACCGUGGCCGGGCUACUGUACCCUCCAGACGCGCCUGACCCAGACACCCUGCCAGCUGCAGUCUGCGUGGAGUUUCCCGGUUACCAGGGCCCAGCAUGGAACCCAGAGAAGCCCAAGGUAGUGCCGGUGCCUGCCAUUACAAGCAAGUGGAUGGAAGGAGCGCGACUCCACAGUCGAACGCAGAUUCCUCUGGCUCUGGCAUUUGCAGUCACCAUCCACAAGUGCCAGGGCUGGACAAGACCAGCCGUCUGGGUCGACAUCGGGCCCAAGGAAUUUGCGCUUGGACUCACCUUCGUAGCGCUGAGCCGCGCCACUUCUCUGCGCGGGCUCAUUUUGAACCCAACAGAUCCAGCCGCUGCUCAGUGGAGCCGCCUUGUUCGCAUCAACAACAGCAACGGGCAAAAGAAGCGCAAGGAAGUCGACAGGCUCCUCCAGCGUCUUCAAGAAUCAACUUGA